CGUGGUCCCAAAUUUUUAUUUGUUGCAACACUUAAAGGGGCAAAAAAGGAGCCCCGCCCUCCAAUUGUUCCUGUUCUAUUACUUUCGUUUCCCCAGAGUCUUUGGUGUUUCUUGUCUUGAGCGGUCGCCGUAACUUAGCUGUGGCAUCACUUCCAGCAAGAAUGGCCAGUGGGACUGCAGUUUUCAUCCCCUCUAAUGAAGCAAACAUAAUCCAAACAGCUCCUGGAUUGCCCAAUGUUGCUCUUCAGGCAUCUGGAGCAACUCCAUAUUCCCAGUAUGGAGCUCAGCAACUUGGAAUUCCCACCAAUGCUCUUCAACAAGUCCCACAAAAGGGUCCUUUGGAGAGAUUCCUCAAGGCUGAGCCCAAAGUGCUUGGGGUAGGCAUGUGCUGCCAAAUAUUGAUUGGGCUGAUCCACAUCGGCUUUGGCGCUGUCUUGCUUCUUUCAAAUUAUCCUGAAUUUCACUCACUCUCUGCAAUUGGAGGUUACCCCUUUUGGGGAGGGAUAUUUUUUAUUUCUUCUGGAUCACUUUGUGUAUCAGCUGCAAACAGUCCAAAUCAUGCUUUGGUGAAAUCCAGUGCAGGGAUGAACAUCACAAGUGCUAUAAUGUCAUUAGCUGGUAUCUUCCUGUACAUAUCCGAUCUGAUAAUAUAUUCUCAGAGAUAUAGCCAUCAAUAUCCCACAUACAUCAGAGAAUAUACCACUGACCGUUUAUCCAGUGUUGGUUGUGGCCUCUCCAGUGUGCUGCUCUUGUUCAGUAUGCUGGAAUUUUGCAUCACUGUUUCCCUGGCUCACUUUGGGUGCCAGGCAGCUUGCUGUAUUGAUGCCCAGCGCACAGUGAUGUUUAUGCCUUACCAACUCAUCGGAGGUGGAGCAGUCGCAGCUGAACCAAAUCAUCCUCCUGCUCCACCGACUUAUGAUAAUGUGGUUACCGAAUCUCAGUAAAACAAGAAGGAAAUUUGAGAAUUGUUGGCAAAUGAGGUUUCAGGAGAAGCAAUGCAUUUCAUAUUACUUAAUUUUGUCUACCUUGCUUGUUUAUUUUUCAAUUAUAGCCUUUAAACACCAAAUUAAAUGGUGAAAAGUUUUGAAAGUUCUUCUAUUUUACUUGAUACCUAGUUAUAAUGCUUCCCAAGAAGCAAGAACUUGUGUUGGAAAUCAUCAGUGUACUUAUGAGGAAGUUCUCUCUCUACAGUGGAUGAUGGAGGCUUUUUAUUACCCUUUUGUUCAUACUCUGGAUGAUGGGUUUUUUUUUGCCAAAUAUGGAAUUAAGUAGGAUAUGUGAUGCAGAUAAAAACAGUUACUUAAAUUAAAACACAAAUUAUUAAUAAAACAUGUCAUUGACACAAUACAGGUAGUUCUUGACUUAUGACGGCAAUUUGGACCAGAAUGUCCAUUGCUAAGUGAGUCAGUUUAAGUGAAUUAUGGCAGAUUUAUGACCAUUUUUGCCACUGUUUUUAAGUGAAUUAUUCUGGUUGUUUUAUUGACUCACAUGGUGCUAAAGUGAAUCUGUUUUCCCACACUGACUUUUUAAAAUCUAGCUGGGAAGGUCACAAAUAGCAAUCACUGACUCUGGCAUGCCAGAAAUGUCAUACAUACAUGCUGGUUGCCAAGCAUCUUGAAUUCUGAUCACAUUACCAUGGGGAUGCUGCUAUGUGUGAG